UAUAUAUAUAGUUUAUAUAUAUUUUGAUUGACCUUUCUGUUAUUCACUUUUAUAAUCAAUUAUCUCUUUUUUUUUUUUUAUUUUAGUGAAUUAUGGUCAAGUCAUCAAAAACACAAGACUUGGUUGAUCUUACACUUCUUGAAUCAAUAGAUGAAGAUAGUAUUACUUCUACUUUAAAGUUAAGAUUCGAUAAUGGAGCCAUUUAUACCAAAGUCAAUGAUAAUAUUAUCAUAGCUGUCAAUCCAAAUCAAGAACGACAACAAGAAUCUUUACAAUAUGUUGCUGAAUAUAAAGAUACUUCCGACAAAGGUGCAGCUUUACCUCCUCAUGUUUAUCAAUUGACCAACCAAACUUAUUUACAUAUGCGACGUACUGGUAUUGAUCAAUCUAUUCUUAUUAGCGGUGAAACUGGUUCGGGGAAGACUUUUACCUACCGACAAAUCCUACAACAUCUAGUAUCGCUUAGUAGCCACAAAAAAGAAACCAAGUUACACAGUCAAAUCCUGAAUGCUCAAGUAGUUCUGGAAGCUUUUGGUCAUACGAAAACAGCAUAUAGCAACAACGCAUCCCGAUAUGGCAAAUUCAUUGAAGUCCAAUUUAAUGAACGUGGUCGAAUGAUCGGGGCAAAAACUCUCAAUUAUCUUUUGGAAAAACCUAGAGUCAUUCGCUCUUUAUCUGGUGAACAAAAUUUCCAUGUCUUUUAUUAUUUAUUGGCUGGUGCUUCUCCUGAAGAACGACAACUCUUACGAUUGGAUGAUAAUUCAAGUCAAUACAAGUACCUCAGUCAUACAAGAACUCCUCCUAAUCCUUUAGAUUCUUCUGAUCAUUAUGAAUCUCUCAAAUCUGCUAUGCGUUCUCUUGGUCUUGGAAAAAGAUAUCAUGCUCGUAUUAUGCAAUUAUUGGCAGCUUUAUUACAUUUGGGAAAUUUACAAUUUGUUGAUGAUACUUCCGCUCAAGAAGCUGCUUACGUCAAAAAUACUGAUACCUUGGAUUUGAUUGCUGACUUUUUGGGGGUAGAUCCUAGAGCUUUGGAAAAUGUCUUGACUUAUAAAACACAAAUGAUCAAAAAGGAUGUGACAACAUUGAUUCUCAAUUCAGAACAGGCUGGCGAACAACGAGAUACUUUGGUGACAGCUCUCUAUUCACUCUUGUUUUCUUGGCUGGUGGAACAUAUCAAUAUCAAGCUCUGUAGUGAUAAUGUACACAACGUUAUUGGUAUUCUAGAUCUUCCUGGUCCUCAAACUCACUAUACCCAAUCCAAUUUUGACAACUUUUGUAUCAACUUUGCCAACGAACGCAUGCAUUAUUACACAUUGAAACAAAUCUUCGAAACCGAUGUCAAUGAUUAUCGAAUGGAUGGUUUGGAAAUGCCUGAAGUUCCGUACUUUAGUAACUCUGGAUGUCUUGCUCUCUUAUCUCGACCCAAACAUGGCCUUAUCGAUAUCGCAAACAAUCACAGUAAAUCUUCCAGUCGUGCUUAUGAUGCUAAUAUGUUGGAUUCUUUUAUCAAAUACAAUGGCACACAUGACUCAUUCUCUACUCGAUCAGCAGAUUCCGGAACACUUCUCUUCUCUGUACGACAUUUUGAUGGUCAAGUCACAUACAAUCCAAAAGGUUUUAUCGAACGUAACAAAGAUGUCCUCAAUCCAGAUUUUGUCACUUUGAUCCGUGGUGGAGGUGAUGUUCCUGCUUCUUACAAUUCGUUCAUCGUCGACUUGUUUUCCAAAAAUGUCAGCACUGAAUCUCAUCCCAACGAAUCCGAAGCUAUCAUGAAUGCUCAACAAUCCAACAAACCUACUCGUUUACCUUCCAUGCGACGUUCGAAAUCAACACGAAAAAGCAAGAAUAUCGAUGAUAAUGAUGAAAAGAACAAUAACAAGGAACAAGAAACAACAAAGAAAGUAUCUAUGGUAUUGGCUCAACUUCACUCGUCUUUGGAUGAUUUAUCAAAUAUGUUGGAUGAAACCAUGCCUUGGUUUGUAUUUUGUUUACGUGCCAAUGAUUCUUCGAUUCCUAAUCAUUUUGAUGUUCAACGUGUACGGUCUCAAGUACGAUCCUUUGGUAUUGCUCAAAUCGUCAGUCGAAUGCAUGUUGCCUUUACAAACUCCUUUUAUCAUGAUGAAUUCUGUGAACGAUACAAUCAAACUUUAGCUGCCAUGGGUGUAGAAAGUGAUCGAACGCCUCGUGCUCAAUGUGAAGCUGCUGUUGCUAUUUUUGGUUGGCUGAGUUCUCAAGUUUCUAUUGGCAAUUCAAAAAUCUACUUGAAUGAAUCAGCUUGGCGACAUUUGGAAGAUGGAUUACGAUCAGUUGAAAAGGAACAACAACAAAAACAAAAGGAUGAAAAAAGGAUUCAAGAUAAUUCAGCCGCUCUCAUGGCAGGUGGAGCAGCCAUGGAUCUUAGUCGACAACCAAGUGCUGAUGCAUUAUCUACACAUUCAUUUGGUUCAGGCACUGAUUUGUUAGGUGGACAAGGAGAUUAUUCUCAACAUGGAGAUAGACAAGCUUUAGCAGCCAAUGCAGCAGCAGCAGCAGGAUUACCUUUACCUCGAAUGGGUGGUGGUGGUGGUGGUAUGGAGUCGGUUUAUUCUGAUGAUCAACGAUCCUUCCUUUCUGAUGAUGAAUAUAACAAUCGUGGACGAUCUCAAUACCCUUAUUACGACAAUGGAUCGCAGUUUGGUGGAUCUGAAGGUUUUACAGCAAGUGAAGCCGGUAAUAUGGAAAUGAAACAUAUGCUUCCUCCUGGUGGUGCAGCCGAAGUGGAAGAACCUGAACCAGAAAAACCUUCCGGUGCUCGAAGACAUUGGGUGAACUUUGUAUGGUUUAUGACAUGGUGGAUUCCUAGUAAAUUCUUAUUAUGGUGUGGUCGAAUGAAACGAUCAGAUGUACGAUUGGCUUGGCGUGAAAAAUUGACUUUGGUGAUGCUGAUUUUCUUACUUUCUGGUGCCAUGAUUUGGUUCUUGGUAUUCUUUGGUUCCAUGAUCUGUCCUCAUCAAAAUGUAUUUUCUAUGAAUGAAUUACAACAACACAGCGAUAAAGACAAUGCCUAUGUGACAAUUCGUGGUGAAGUGUUUGACUUGACACAAUUUGCUCCUCAUCAUUAUCCUACUGAUGUCAUUCCUACAUCAUCUAUCUUGGCUUAUGGUGGUACGGAUGCUACCAACUUGUUUCCUAUUCAAGUCUCUGCUCUUUGUGAAGGUGUGACCGGCACAGUGUCUGAUUAUGUUAGCUUUGAUUACAACGUCAAUCUUACCGAUACCAACGCCAGAUACCAUGAUUUCCGGAUCUCCAGUGCUGAUUAUCGCCCCCAAUGGUACUUUGAUCAGAUGAUGUAUUUACGUAAGAAUUACAAACUUGGGACGAUGGGUUUUACACCGGAUGAUGUGAAUAAACAAGCAACCACUCCUGUUACCAUCAACAAGAUCACCACGCCACGCUCUUGGGCUAUCUUGAAUGGCAGUGUAUACGAUAUGACACCUUAUAUUCUCGGUGGACGCUCGGUCAUGACGCCUCAUGGUGGACAAGCUCCAGGCAAUGUGGAUACCAAUUUUAUGUCUGAUACUGUGGUCAAUCUCUUCCGUCAAAAUGCUGGUCAAGAUAUCACAUCUCAAUGGAACGCCAUGAAUCUGGAUGAUGCUACCAAGACACGUCAAUUGGUCUGUUUACGAAAUCUGUUCUAUGCUGGUACCAAGGAUGAUCGUAAUUCUGCCAAAUGUAUCUUUUCAGAAUACCUUCUUUUGAUUGUCACUGUCUUCCUCUGUGCCGUGGUGGUAUUCAAGUUCUUGGCCGCUCUCCAAUUCGGUACAACGCGUGAUCCUGAAAAUCAUGACAAGUUUGUGAUCUGUCAAGUACCUUGUUAUACAGAAGAUGAAGACUCAUUACGCAAGACCAUUGAUUCUAUCUCAGUACUCAAAUACGACGACAAACGCAAACUGUUAUUUAUUAUCUGUGAUGGGAUGAUUGUGGGUGGUGGCAAUGAUCGACCUACGCCUAGGAUUGUACUUGAUAUUCUUGGUGUGGAUCCUGAUGUGAACCCGGAAGCAUUAUCGUUCUUCUCUGUGGGUGAAGGACAAAAGCAACACAACAUGGCCAAGGUAUAUUCUGGUUUAUAUGAAUGUCAUGGACAUGUGGUACCUUAUAUUGUCGUUGUCAAGGUGGGCAAACCAAGUGAACGACAAAAGCCUGGUAACCGUGGUAAGCGUGAUUCUCAACUGGUCCUUAUGCGAUUCUUAAACAAGGUGCAUUUCAACGCUCCCAUGGCGCCUAUGGAACUUGAAAUCUAUCAUCAAAUCAAGAAUGUGAUUGGGGUCAAUCCAUCCUUUUAUGAAUUUGUACUUAUGGUUGAUGCUGAUACGGAAGUGAUGCCGGAUGGAUUAAAUCGAAUGGUGUCUGUACUGGUGCAUGAUAGCAAGAUUGUUGGUCUCUGUGGUGAAACGCUUCUGUCCAAUGAAAAAGAUACAUGGGUGACGAUGAUUCAAGUCUAUGAAUACUUUAUUUCACAUUAUUUGAUCAAGGCCUUUGAAUCUCUGUUUGGUACGGUGACCUGUUUACCUGGUUGUUUCUCGAUUUAUCGUGUACGUACUCCUCAAAAGAAUCAACCUCUCCUGAUUGCCAAUCAAGUGAUUGAAGAUUACCAAAUCAAUAAAGUCGAUACACUUCACAAAAAGAAUCUGUUAUUCCUUGGUGAAGAUCGAUAUCUUACCACCUUGAUUCUCAAACAUUUCCCCAAGUUCAAGACCAAGUUUACUCCUGAUGCUAAAUGUCGUACCAAUGCGCCAGAUCAAUGGUCAGUGCUUGUGUCUCAACGUCGUCGAUGGAUCAACUCUACGAUUCACAACCUGGGUGAAUUGGUCUUCUUACCUCAAUUGUGUGGGUUUUGUUGUUUCUCUAUGCGGUUUGUUGUGAUGUUGGAUUUGAUCAGUACAUUAGUGCAACCAGCAAUUGUGGGCUACUUGGUAUAUUUGAUUUAUUCGUUGGCAACCUGGACGGGUCCUGUGCCUUUCAUGUCGAUCAUCACCAUUGCCGGUGUGUACGGUCUACAGAUCAUCAUCUUUAUGCUUCAUCGAAAAUGGGAAUACAUCAUCUGGAUGAUUGUCUCUAUCCUGGCCAUUCCUGUGUUCUCCUUCUGGAUCCCGAUGUACUCUUAUUGGCAUUUCGAUGACUUUUCAUGGGGUAAUACACGUGUGGUGUUGGGUGACAAGGGCAAAAAAUUGGUGGUGGUGGAUGAAGGUAAAUUUGAUCCCAAAUCGAUUCCUAUGAUGACAUGGGCCGAAUAUGAAGAAGGAUUAUACAUGGAUGAUCAACAAUACGACAAUGAUGACAAUGUGUCCUUGGGCUCUCGCGCUACCAUGAAGACUGGAUUCACACAAGGAAGUUAUUAUAGUUAUGCCAGUCAACAACAACGUGGUACCAUGUUACCUGGUCAAUAUGCACCUUCCAAUCAACAAUAUAUGGGUCCUCCUUCCGUUUAUAAUAUGUCUAGUAAUCAAUCUUUCUAUGGUCCUACUGGAACGCCUUCCUUUAUGCCUGGUAGUCAUAUGUCCUUUAUGAGUGCCAUGCCUGGUAUGCCUCCUAUGGGUACUGCUGCUCCUCCUUAUCGAUCUCAAUCUCCAUUCCAUCCUCCACAAUAGAUUUUAUUUUAUUACAUAUAUACUAUUUUUUUUUUUUUUUUGUCAUUUGUUAGUUUUUAUUUAUUU